AGGCUCAAGAUUAAAAUAUAUUAAUUUCCAUUAGGAGAGAUGCUAGGGUAGAAUUCAUCCGUAUCCUACAAUGUGGCUCGUGGUCAUUAAUCACAGCUCUCAUGGUUUGUUUGGUACCCGGGGAGCACGUGUGUCACUACGGCAAGCAAGACCGGGAUUUAGUGCGUGCGCUGUGUGGAAUACAGAAUUCACGCAGUGCGAGAGAGCCACACACACUGGAGUCAGGGUACGGAAUGUGUGUGUGUGUUCCUGUGGGAGAGAGAUAGCUGACUAUACACAGGAGCCAGGGUUGCAGUUCACAAAAUCCACACAGAGCGUCGUCCCCUCACCUGUGGAGCGAAGAGUGAAUUGGAGAUGGAAAGCCGCCCCCGUUCCAAUGACCAAAUAAGAGCGAGCGAGUUUGCCCACGCGCUGAAUGCAUAGGCUAUUUUAAGUGAAUGUUCUAAGGAUUCGGUGACUUUACAUUUAUUGUGUUUGAGUGAAGGUACAUUUGUACUUUUGAUUUCUACGCUGUCCGUAUUUAUUUUGUGUUUCUCACCUGGAUCUUAUCACUAAAAGCUCAAUGGAAAGGUAAAAGGACACCGUGCCUACCAAGAAAAUAACUCGCAUUCAAAAGAUCCAACAAGUGGAUGAACGAAUAUUCUGCCUCUGCACUAAUGACUGGACUAAAACAACGGAUCAAGCAUCUUUGAAUGAUCUCAUUGUUUUUGGAUUUUAGCUCUUUGUUUUCUAAUCCAGUGAGAGAAACCGCUGUUCCUUUUCAUCUGCACUGACAUCUCACUGGCGGCGUGUCUCUGCAGAUGGAGCCACCGUGAUGUGUUUAGUCUUGUUCAGCAAAUAGCCUGUAUAAGUGUGACAAUUUAGGCAAUUAAUUCAACUCGAUGAUUGUCAAUUAAUUUCCUCAACCCAGGCUAGAUAUAUCUCGUAAUUUGUGUAACAAAUAACUGUCAAGUAUCCAGAAAAAUAAAAAGGAGAUACAGUGACAACGUCAAGUUUAUAUUUAUAUAUCAAAACAAUAAUCCACUAGUCUUCUCCGUGUUCAUUCACCAAGGAACGGGUGCCACGGAUCCUCUCUUCUCUCCUGCCUCUCGAAUCUGGGACCACAUCUGUUCCUUUCUAUUCAUGGACUUGAUCCUCCGCACCCUGUUUGAAACUGGAGAAAAGUUGUGAGUGACUCUCUUGAACUAUCCCUUAUAUGAAGAUCAGGGCACAGGUGGCAGCCCCAGACCGUCACCGCAGCCAUGCCUAUCAUGCAUCCAAUCACCUCCAAUUUGAUGUACCGGGGCAUCUGCACCAUCCCAGACAUGCUCGCCUACCGAGCCCCGGUCAACCUGCCCGAGGACGAGGUGGAAGAGAUUCGCGAGGCGUUCAAGGUAUUUGACCGUGAUGGGAAUGGCUUCAUCUCGAAGCAAGAGCUGGGCAUGGCCAUGAGGUCUCUGGGGUACAUGCCCAAUGAGGUGGAGCUGGAGGUCAUCAUACAGAGACUGGACAUGGACGGUGAUGGUCAGGUGGAUUUCGAAGAGUUUGUCACUCUCCUCGGACCCAAGCUGACAGCAGCCGGAAUGCCUGACAAGUUCCACGGAACCGACUUUGACUCCGUGUUCUGGAAGACUGACAUGCAGAAGCUGACGGUAGAGGAGCUGAAGAGGCUGCUGUAUGAUACAUUCUCCGACCACCUCACCAUGAAGGAUAUCGAGAACAUCAUCAUGACCGAGGAGAGUCACAUAGCGAACCCAGGGGCCUGCCAGGUGGAUAUAGACACAGCUAGUCCAACGCAGCAAGUCAAGCAGACGUGUGUACGCAAGAGCCUGAUAUGUGCUUUUGCCAUCGCUUUCAUCAUCAGCGUCAUGCUUAUCGCAGCCAAUCAGGUGCUUCGGAGUGGCAUGAAGUAGGCGGGGACGGCCAUGGCCUCCUGACCCUCUGAAAGAGACUGCUGUAAGACACCUGGACAAAUGACUGAGAAAAAACAGCUCAACAACAACAACAGACAAUUAAUCCACCAUCUAAAUAAACUGACAGAAAGGCAUGGCUCUCAUCCAAAUGACUUCAUGGGCAUAUUUCCCAACAUGCUCCUUUAUCUCCUUUCUGAAUGGAACCCAUUGAGACCCUUAACUACGGUGGCCUGGAGGUUGACCAUCAUCUGUGCAUGAAGUGCAUGGAUUUAACCAGUCGUCUCUUGAAACAUUUGUAGACCUUAUUAUCAGUGUAUAUCCAUAUGACUGUGUAACAAACAGAGGUGUGUCAUUAUUAACUUAUUGUGAACCAACUGUGACCAACUUUGUUAAUAGGGUCGCGGGUCAAGGGGUCAGUGGCGGGAAUGAACAAUGGGUUUUACAUCUGUACUGUGUAUCAAACAACAACAAACGAACAACAACAAACAAGUUAAUAUUUCAUAAUAAAUGUAUAUUUCACAGUUCUGCAUGAUCAAAAGGGCUGUUUAGUGGACUACAUGAUCAUAUCGUAAAAGUCGUUUUUGGACAACUGUUCUUAUUGACAUACUGUGGACUAUUAGCUUCACUGAGCACCCCAUAACGACCACAACAUAUCUCACAGCCAUAACGAUCAUGACGUAUCUCACUGUCAUAAGGAUCAUAACAUUUCUCACUGCCAUAAGGAUCAUAACAUUUCUCACUGCCAUAAGGAUCAUAAGAUAUCUCACUGCCAUAAGGAUCAUAACAUUUCUCACUGCCAUAAGGAUCAUAACAUAUCUCACUGCCAUAAGGAUCAUAACAUUUCUCACUGCCAUAAGGAUCAUAAGAUAUCUCACUGCCAUAAGGAUCAUAACAUUUCUCACUGCCAUAAGGAUCAUAAGAUAUCUCACUGUCAUAAGGAUCAUAACAUUUCUCACUGCCAUAAGGAUCAUAACAUUUCUCACUGCCAUAAGGAUCAUAAGAUAUCUCACUGCCAUAAGGAUCAUAACAUUUCUCACUGCCAUAAGGAUCAUAACAUUUCUCACUGCCAUAAGGAUCAUAACAUAUGUCACUGCCAUAAGGAUCAUAAGAUAUCUCACUGCCAUAAGGAUCAUAACAUUUCUCACUGCCAUAAGGAUCAUAAGAUAUCUCACUGCCAUAAGGAUCAUAACAUUUCUCACUGCCAUAAGGAUCAUAACAUAUCUCACUGCCAUAAGGAUCAUAACAUUUCUCACUGCCAUAAGGAUCAUAAGAUAUCUCACUGCCAUAAGGAUCAUAAGAUAUCUCACUGCCAUAAGGAUCAUAAGAUAUCUCACUGCCAUAAGGAUCAUAACAUUUCUCACUGCCAUAAGGAUCAUAACAUUUCUCACUGCCAUAAGGAUCAUAACAUAUGUCACUGUCAUAAGGAUCAUAACAUUUCUCACUGCCAUAAGGAUCAUAAGAUAUCUCACUGCCAUAAGGAUCAUAACAUUUCUCACUGCCAUAAGGAUCAUAACAUAUCUCACUGCCAUAAGGAUCAUAACAUUUCUCACUGCCAUAAGGAUCAUAACAUUUCUCACUGCCAUAAGGAUCAUAACAUUUCUCACUGCCAUAAGGAUCAUAAGAUAUCUCACUGCCAUAAGGAUCAUAACAUUUCUCACUGCCAUAAGGAUCAUAACAUAUGUCACUGUCAUAAGGAUCAUAACAUACCUUACUGCCAUUGAAAAACCUAUAACUCAGACGUGAUGGGUGUUGUAUUAGCAUAUCACUGGGAAAUCAUACAGUAUUUGCUUGAUAUGUGACAUAUAUGCAUAAUAACAUUAUAACAGAGAUGUCUGCUCUGUACACGGGGAAUAUGAUGAAUGUGAUGGAAUGUAUACACGGCUAUAUUAGGCAAUACAUCACAAGUAUACAUUUCACAUGUGAUAUCGCUGGCUAGACAUGUUCAAUAUAGAACUUUAGGCUCAUCCAUGAGGAAGCUCUGCUCUGGGGAAUUGAAGCAGGAGCAAUAACCUUCAAUCCACUUCCAUGCCUUGGUAGCUCCUUGUUGUCCUUGGAAUGCAAUACUCUUCCUAUGGCGACUUUGAGCAUACCAUAGUAAUAUAUUCUAUCUUGUUUUUUAAAAUUAAAAAGUAAUGACAUUCACACUAGAUAAAAGAACCAGGAAGCACUUUCAUCUUAAAGACACUUCUGAAACCAGGUUUCUAUCCUAUGUCUCAUUCUGGGACACAGACUUUGCUAUACUGAUCAUCAAAUGGCCUGUGAAGCCCUGCAAUAAAGCACUAAUCCAACUCUGGGCAAUAUUUCCACCAUUGCUGUUCCAGUGCUCUUUAGAGUGUUGUGCAUGAUUGCCAGUGACAUCUUGGAAUACUGAUAAUCUCUAUACAUCUGUAUAAUACACAUUUUGACCAAAGCUAUGAAAGUCAACCAUUGUGUGGAGUAAAUGGCUCACAGAAUGGAAGGAGAGAGAACAGUAAAACAAGUAAAUGGAAAGUACACCAUUUUAUAAUGUAGUUGCCAAAUAAAAGGGAAACUUGAAUAGCUCAUCAAUAUGUAUUGUUGUUGGAAUUCUAAAAAUAGUCAUGAUGUCUUCUAUUAGAUUUGUUGUAAAGAAACUACUAGGACAAGUACAAUACAAUGCACUGGAGAGACGCAAAAACAAAGAACUAAAAGAUAAAUGCACUUCACUAAAAUACUUACAUCUGUUUUGGAGGCUGAGGACAUUUAUUUUGUAAUGUAAUGGAAGGUAGCCUAGUGGUUAGAGCGUUGGGCCUGUAAUCGAAAGGUUGGUAGAUCGAACAAGGCAGUUAACCCACUGUUCCUAGGCCUCAUUGUAAAUAAGAAUUUGUUCUUAUCUGACUUGCCCAGUUAAAUAAAACCUACUGUAUUGGACUAUUUGGUUUCACAUGAUUGAGCACACCAAUAUUUUGGUGUUACAAUUCAGCAGCCGGGUGAUUGAAUUAUGAUUACUGUCCUGUCUAAAAACAGUCAAGACAGACAACAAUUAUCUCAUUUCGCUGAGCGUUUUGUUAAAAGCAGCAAGGUCGCAGUAAGGUUGCAGCAAGGUCACAGAGGACAUAAUACAAUUGCACAUUGUCAAUUCACCGUACUGUAAACAAAUAGCUUUGUUUUCAUUUUGCACUUUAUAAUAUGGCGUAGAUGCACACAAUGAUAAUACACCGCCAUUAUGAUUGUGUUCAAUUUCAAAACAUACUGUACAUGCAUCUUGAAUGGUUACAGUAUUGUAUAUACAUGUUCCUUACAUCUUCAGAAAAAAGUAGUUAGAGUAGAUGAUAGAUAACUGAUAUAUGAACACACUUCAUCUGUUGUUGGUACAUAUUGUAUCAGCUUGGGUGACACUAAAAUGUCAGCUUGGGUGAUACUAAUAUGUCAGCUUGGGUGACACUAAUAUGUCAGCUUGGGUGACACAAAUAUGUCAGCUUGGGUGACACUAAUAUGUCAGCUUGGGUGAUACUAAUAUGUCAGCUUGGGUGACACUAAUAUGUCAGCUUGGGUGACACAACUAUGUCAGCUUGGGUGACACUAAUAUGCCAGCUUGGGUGACAUUAAUAUGUCAGCUUGGGUGACACUAAUGUGUAGCGUGGGUGACGCUAAUAUGUCAGCUUGGGUGAUACUAAUAUGUCAGUUUGGGUAACACUAAAUGUCAUCUUGGGUGACACUAAUAUGUCAUCUUGGGUGACACUAAUAUGUCAGAUUGGAUGAUACUAAUAUGUCAGCUUGGGUGACACUAAUAUAUCAGCUUGGGUGACACUAAUUUGUCAGCUUGGGUGACCCUAAUAUGUCAGCUUGGGUGACACUAGUAUGCCAGGUUGGGUGAUACUAAUAUGUCAGCUUGGGUGACACUACAAUGUCAGCUUGGGUGAUACUAAUAUACCAGCUUGGGUGAUACUAAUAUGUCAGCUUGGGUGACACUAAUAUGUCAGCUUGGGUGACACGAAUAUGUCAGUUUGGGUGAUACUAAUAUGUCAGCUUGGGUGACUCUAGUAUGCCAGCUUGGGUGAUAAUAAUAUGUCAGCUUGGGUGACCCUAAUAUGUCAGCUUGGGUGACCCUAAUAUGUCAGCUUGGGUGAUACUAAUAUGUCAGCUUCGGUGAUACUAAUAAGUCAGCAUGGCUGACAUUUGGCUACAAUGGUUAAAUAUCAUUACUUUUGGCAUAUUCUAAUGAGAUCAUUUUGCAUUUUGAAAUAGAGGGUGUUGAGAAUGUUGUUCCAUGACCUAAUACUUUGCCUUAUACUCUGAGACAUGAAACACUCCGAGACAUGUUUAUUAUCAAAGCAAAGCUAUACAAAAAUAUAAAGACCAAUCAAAUAUUUAUUUUCUUUUUACAGAUGAAACAAAACAUAUUGUAUUGAAAAUGUUGAUAGUUUACUGAAUGUUAAAGUUCUAUUAAUUAUACUUUGAUACUUUAUGUCUCAAAAACGAUGUUGUAUUAUCCACCCGCUGUGACACAUGUUCAUUGAUCACACCAUAUGUACCUGUCUGUCUGUGGAAUGGUAUUUCACAUAAAUAAAAGUAUAUUGGCGCAAUGCA